AUGCAGUCGCUGCCCCGCCGGCAGCGCGGCGCCCAGUUCCUGUGCGUGCCCUGCCCGCCCGCCCUCCGCGACAUGUCGCUGGUGGCCGAGGCCUUCGUGACUCAGCUGGCCGCCGCGGAGCCUUGGCCUGAAAAUGCUGCAUUGUAUCAGCAGCUGAAGGAGGACCAAAUUUUGCUUUCUGAUAAUGCAUCUUCCCUUGCUGUUCAGGCCUUUUUGCAAAUGUGCAAUCUGCCAAUCCGGGUGAUUUGCAGGGCAAACGCUGAGUACAUGUCCCCAUCUGGCAAAGUACCCUUUAUUCAUGUGGGAAAUCAAGUAGUAUCUGAACUUGGGCCCAUAGUCCAGUUUGUAAAAGCCAAGGGCCAUUCUCUCAGUGAUGGGUUGGAUGAAGUCCAGAAAGCUGAGAUGAAAGCCUACAUGGAAUUGGUCAAUAACAUGCUCUUGACAGCAGAGCUCUAUCUCCAGUGGUGUGAUGAUGUUACAGUAGAGGAGAUUACUCACCCCAGGUAUGGCUCCCCUUAUCCAUGGCCUCUUAACCGCAUUUUGUCCUAUCAGAAGCAGUGGGAGGUUAGGAGGAAGAUGAAAGCCAUCGGAUGGGCUGGAAAGACACUUGAACAGGUGCUUGAAGAUGUAGAUCAGUGCUGUCAUGCUCUCUCCCAGAGAUUAGGAACACAACCAUAUUUCUUCAAUAAGCAACCAACUGAAUUAGAUGCUCUGGUGUUUGGACAUCUGUUCACAAUCCUUACUACUCAGCUAAUCACUGAUGAACUCUCUGAGAAAGUGAAGAACUACAGUAACCUCACCGCGUUUUGUCGGCGAAUAGAGCAGCAGUACUUUGAGGGUCAUGAGAGAGACAGCUCUGCAAUUGCAGCCCGAUCUUCCAAGAGGUCCCUGCUGAGAUAAGCAUGGUGCUUGGGGUGGAUCAGGGUGCAGCUUUGGGUUUGUCAUUGCUCUACAAAUGGAUUUUGAGAAUGGAAGCUGCCAAGUCAUUCUGGAGCAAGGGAAAAUGUUCAAUACAGUUUUUUGUGUUGUAGAAUUCACUGUGCACAUUUAAGCUGAAAUGUCUGUACGAGCGUUUCCAUUUUAAUAGCCCGUAUGCCACUGACUGUGAAGUGACCUUGCAAAAAUAUUGUAUCUGUUUCAAAAAAAUAAAGCACUGAAAGUUGA